UAUACAACAGUUCUUAAUAACCGGUUUUUGAAACCGAUUUUUGUAACCGGUUCUGAAAGCUGUAACUCAGACACACUCACCCACACACCGUGAGAGAUCACAUCUUCAAAAACGAAAACAAAUUUGAGCUGUCAAAAAGUAACUGCAACUGAGAAAGAUGCAAAGCAACAGAAAUACGACUGGCGAAGAAAACUAUCGAGUUAGAAACUUGGAGAUAGCAGACAAGAACAAGGGUUUCACGGAACUGCUGCAGCAACUUACAGUAUGCGAUUCUGUAUCAGACGAUGAAUUUCAAAAACGAUUCGAAGAGCUCAGAUUGUAUGGUGAUGAACAUUUAAUAUGUGUUAUUGAAGACAUCAGUUCAUCUAAGAUCGUUGCAACUGGAAGUGUGUUUAUCGAGAAGAAAUUUAUAAGGAAUUGUGGGAAAGUUGGACAUAUUGAAGAUGUUGUGGUUGAUACAAGUACCAGAGGAAUGCAAUUAGGGAAGAAAGUAGUCGGGUUUCUUGCAGAUCAUGCUCAGUCAAUGGGUUGUUAUAAGGUAAUUCUUGACUGCAGUUCUGAUAAUAAGGCUUUUUAUGAGAAAUGUGGAUUUAAAGAGAAAGAAAUUCAGAUGGUCAAGUAUUUCAUUUGAUAAGUUAAUCUAGAGAUUUGGAGUUCAAGUCACAUAUUUCAGUGUUUCUCUUUCAAAUCGUAGAAUCAUUUUCACCGCUU